GCGAGCAUGACCGACGCCGAGGCGCAGAGCGCUCCACCAUCGGCACCGGUGGAAGACAAACCACAGCCGGAGAGGAAAGUUAUAGCCACUUUGGUCCAAGGCACAGUGAAAUGGUUCAAUGUGCGUAAUGGGUAUGGAUUCAUUAACAGGAAUGACACUAAAGAAGAUGUAUUUGUUCAUCAGACAGCAAUCACAAAGAACAAUCCCAGGAAAUUUCUCCGCAGCGUUGGAGAUGGGGAAAUUGUAGAGUUUGACGUGAUUGAAGCAGCUAAGGGCUCCGAAGCAGCUAAUGUUACCGGUCCAGGUGGUGUUCCGGUAAAAGGAAGCCGCUAUGCGCCCAACAAACGGCGAUUCCGUCGACGGUUCUUUCCCCGAAGCCCUCGGCCCGGCGACCAGAACAAACCAGCCGAUGGCCAAGGUCCUGAUACUGACAGAUCGGGAGAGAGUGAGGGAGCGAGGCCUCAGCAACGCCGCCGUAGGCCGCGCAGGCCACGGCAGGAGACACAAGAUGGUGAAGUUGGCGAGCAGAAGGAUGGAGACGAAGAGGGUGGUCAGACACAGAGUGAUCAGACCCAGCGGCCGCCACGACGCAGAUUCUGGCGCCCAUACCGCAGGCCAUUCCGUCCUCGCCCACCUCCCAAUCAGGCUGUAGAAGGCCAGCAGGCAGCUGCACCAGCAGAGAACCUGGAGAAGAGUGAGCUAAAGCAGCAGCAGCCACAGCACGAGGUGGCGGCGGCACCGGCACCUGACAGCCCUCAGACUAAUGGAGAAGCAGGGGAGGGCCAAGGCCAGAAACAACGCCGCCAGUUCAGACGACGCAGGCAAAGGAAUUCAGAGUCCUCUGUCUCCAAAAAUGAUACAGAGAAGUCUGCAUCAGAGCCUGGCACCCCACCACAGACCUCAAAGCCAUCUGAUACAAAACCCACAUCAAAGUCGCCAAAGACCUCUCCCAAAAUCUCCCCCAAAACGGUAAAAUCGCCUGAGCAGGCAGCUCCAACAACUGUCCCAGCACCAGCAGAGUGAUGACCACGAGGAUGGUCACAUGACGCUUGGCAAGAGGUGGGACCCCACACUAAAGUGGCGCAACCUUGGAUUAGACAGGGUGGGAGACGUGAGGGUGUAGGGUUGCACUUCUUGUGCUGCAUGUGCAACAUUAGCAGUCUGUCACAGAGGGCCUGAUGAUGGACAUUAACUCUUUAGUCAAGUAAAUGGAUUUAAGGUGGAAUGAUGGCAUUGAAAGGAGUCUUUGAGAACGCUGCCUGUGUUUGGAGUCAGACUUUUGUUUAACACAGGGAAGAUUUUUGGCUCAAAUUCUGGGAAAUUGGAUUUUCUUUCAAUAUAAUCCUUGG